AUGAAGUUCAAAUUGCCGUUAGGGAAGAAAAAGAAGGGGUUUGAAUGUUCAAUAUUUGGGAGUGGUAAAUCAGUUCUAAGUAAACUUUUCGGUAGUGGCAUUGACAAAUAUUUUAAAGCUGUAAAUAUUUCCAUUAUUUUAAUGUUUGUAACAGUAUUGCAUUACAUUUAUUCUUUUAAUAUAAGAAAUGUAAAGAAUAAGGAUCGAAAUAUAUUAUAUAUGUACUAUGGGUUUUUAGUUUGUCUCGUGGGGUUUGCUAUUAGUAUUAAUUGGAUCUAUUUCGAAUAUUCCAAAAAUAAGAAAAAGAGUUUUUCUCCUUUAGACGUUAAAAUGGUUAGCAAAAAAAAAAAUUGA